AAUGAUAGAGAUGAUAUCAAGAGAUUUUAUACAUUCAAAGUAGUUUUAUCACUUUAUUUGGAGAAGAAAUCGAUAUUAAAAAAGUGAAAGAUUUAUUUUUUGUGGAAUUGAAACAAUAUUAAGAGAUUAAUUUUUAAAUAAGAAGAGUUUAUUAAAAAUUGCAUUUACAAUCAAUGCAAAUAGAAUGCAUUAAUAAAAAUUCAAUUAAGUUAUUUGA